AGGAAGCCAGCGAUGAGAGGCCGGAGGAGAUGGAUGCGGAGGGGAAAAGGCACUUUGACUGAGAGCAAGGUCAGAAGCGCGCUGCCUCACGCUCCCCGCCGCUGAGAAGUUCCUUGGACGCGAACAGACGUCGACUGCAGCUCAGCAGAGCGCAGAGAGAGCGAGCUAGCGAGGGACCGCCGCUGAACCACCCGCGCCUGCCGCGGGGAGAGGCAGUUCGCGCCCCGUGGCCCCGGCUCGAACCCCGAGCGCCCAGCACAACCCGCGCCGCAAUCGGCCCAGCCAUGGCAGAGGUGGGGGGCGUCUUGGCCUCCUUGGACUGGGAUCUACACGGCUUCUCCUCGUCUCUGGGGAACGUGCCCUUAGCUGACUCCCCAGGUUUCCUGAAUGAGCGCCUGGGCCAGAUCGAGGGGAAGCUGCAGCGUGGCUCACCCACAGACUUCGCCCACCUGAAGGGGAUCCUGCGGCGCCGCCAGCUCUACUGCCGCACCGGCUUCCACCUGGAGAUCUUCCCCAACGGCACUGUGCACGGCACCCGCCUCGACCACAGCCGCUUUGGAAUCCUGGAGUUUAUCAGCCUGGCUGUGGGGCUCAUCAGCAUCCGGGGAGUGGACUCUGGCCUGUACCUAGGAAUGAACGAGCGAGGAGAACUCUAUGGGUCGAAGAAACUCACACGUGAAUGUGUUUUCCGGGAACAGUUUGAAGAAAACUGGUACAACACCUAUGCCUCAACCUUGUACAAACAUUUGGACUCGGAGAGACAGUAUUACGUGGCCCUGAAUAAAGACGGCUCACCCCGGGAGGGAUACAGGACUAAACGACACCAGAAAUUCACUCACUUUUUACCCAGGCCUGUAGAUCCUUCUAAGUUGCCCUCCAUGUCCAGAGACCUCUUUCAGUAUAGGUAACGAACCUUUUGUGUGCCCUCUGUGACCCAUGUACUCUGGGGCCACGGUUGUCUCUGCAAGCACUAUACUCAUAGCUUUUCAAUCCUUCCUUCCUAUCGUUUUAGAUAACAGAAAAGCACUUACUGUUGAACUCAACCCAGCUGUUCCCUUGUUGUUCAAAGUGUAUAUCAAGGUUGGGUUAUUUUGGGGAGGGAUGGGGGGGCUGGGCUCGAGGGAAUCUUGUAUAUACUUUUUUCUUUACUCAUGUUCUUUCCCCUGAGGUAGCAUAACAAAGAAUGGGAGCCCUUGCCAAGGGCCAGAGGGGUCUUAUCCCACAAUUUACUCAAAUACCUUGACAACAGGUAUAAAUGAAAGACCAAGGAAUCUGCCACAGAUGCUACCUACAGAGUUUUGGAAAAGUCUCUUUAAGAAAAUCCUUGAGGCUACAGCCUUGCUGCAAGCCUUCCCUGCAUUGGCUAUGCAGAUUUCUCAUCUGUCCUGACAUACAGUUUUCCUGCCAUUGGAAGUGGGAGAUGGGGUAGGUUGUAAGAAAAUGAUAUUAAAAUGUAAGCAUGGAUACUGUGCAUAAGGACAAAUUAUUUAUAAAAUGUAUAUGCUAUUUAUUUUAUAUAUUUAUUUAUUUCAAAAUAAUUUUAUUUUUAAUGAGAGAUGCUAUAGCUGGAUUUUCAUCAGAAAGAAUAAGGUCCUACUGAAACAGGAUAAAAUGAAUUAUUAAAGGCUUUUACUGGCAAUAAAAUUUGUCUUUAUAUUGUAAGACUCUGUCUAAUUCUAUUGAUUUGUACAUUUAAUAGGAUUAGAAGGUUGGCCAGCUUCUUUCUCUCCAACUCAUUAGAAUUUUCUGAUGUUGGCAUCACACUGCCUAUGCUGGAUGUCUCCAUCAGCCAUUAUGUAUGCUAGCAUUAUCUAGAGGCCUAUGUGAAGUCCUAGUGGUCCUUUCCAGUUCUAUGACUUUAAACUUACAGGUGAAUCGAAGCUUCAGGAAGGCCUAGACCAACAGCUAUUACUGAAGCUCCCAUUUGUGCUUAGGACUCUGCAUAGAGAAACUCUCCUUUGGGACUUGGUUAGGGUCCAAAGUCCUAAAGUCCAAACACUAAUUGAGGGUUUCUUACUUCAGAUAUGAAGAUGAAGGGAUUCGAAAUAAACAUGAAUCAGCUGAUGCAGUGGCUUAUACCUAUAAUCUGAGCACUUUGGGAGG